AUGAAGAAAUCUGAUGGAUUUCAACCAAGUUUAAUUCAACAAAAUCUUCAGUGCUUCAGCAGCCUAAGAUUAAAGGCAUUAAAGGUAAUGCAAAGUAAUGCACUGACUCGAUCUACAAUCAGUGGUUAUAGUUCUAAUCUGUUGCAAAAUACACAUCAAUACAGGAUCAUCAAUAACACGGGCUCGGGAGAUAUUCCUGCCAUUUCUCAAAUAACUGAUUGUCUCAUACCAUUAACCAAACUACGAACAGCUGUGGAAUAUCUCGACACUCCAACACAAAUGACUGGUAGAGUAUCUGUAUCAACAGAGACUCAAACUAUAUCAAGUGAGUUAGUUGAAGCUGCCACACAAACACUAUCCAAAUAUUCUGAAGCUGCAACACAGACCAGCUACAACUGGAUACCAACAGCUACUGAAGUGAGUGCCACUACAAUUUCGACUUCAAUUCAGACGUCAUCAACAGCCAACAGCAUGAAAACAUCACUAUCAGAUGCACCUGAUGCUUCAGGGCCGAAAUCUCCAGAUUCAGGUCUACACGCAUUCUCAGUCAAUAGCACAUCAACACAACAACAGAUAUCUGAAGAUAAAAUCAUGGUAAACUUCCAAAAGUUUAAAGAUGCUUUGGAUAGCAUGCAUGAAUCAUUGAAAACAUCUAUUGAACAACUAAAACAAGAUGUUGAUAGAUUUGCCAACUCUAGGUCAAUAGAAUAUAUUCGAUCAUCAUCUGAUUUAUUUGAUCCAGUUAAUAUUAAAUACAACACUCCUCUAGAUACAGAGGACUGGUAUUCUGCCAAGGAUGAUUUUUACAGCACGUCAACCAAUAACUACUCAUAUGACAAGUCAAAUGCUGAUACUCCAGAAUAUUUUUACUCCAUCACAGAUUCUUCUACUGACCUUUCAGCUACCAGUUCAUAUCAAACCCUUGGUUCAUAUGAUAAUGGAAAGUUGGAGUAUUUUUCCCAUGGUAGGUCAGAGUACUUUUCAUGCAGCUCUCCACAUGUAACUACAAGUUCAAAUGAUGAUGAAAAGUCGGAGUAUUUUUCCUUCAAAUCACCAUAUGUAUCUACAACUUCAUAUGCACACUACUAUUCGUUUGAUUCUGAUUACGAUUCCAGCUCAAAUCAACAAUUUUUAUCACCAACUGAUGCAAAUGAACACAGUAUUUCAUUACAGCAAAAUCGGGAUAUCAUUUCAUCUCAUCAUACCAGCGUUGAUGUUCACUAUGCUAACUCCAGUAACAACGAUACUAGUUCGUGUGAACACGACACAAUUAACAAUGAAGACUAUAGUAGUUUUGAAAAAGAGUUUGAUAUUCGGAACUUAGUUACUAUAAACAGUUUUGGUCAUUUUUCCCUAGAUAAUUCUACUAUGUUAUCUAUGUUUGGAUUCGAUCCGCGGAAUUCUCCAUUUGUUCCUUGUGGAUACAUUGAUAUAGGUCACUUACCAGAAACUUUAAACAGUAUAGUACUUCAGGAUAUUAAAAGAAGCGACAUAAGAUAUGAAAUAAAUGAUGAUAAUUCAUAUAAUGAAAUAGGAAGAGGAAGUUUUGGAGUUGUAUAUCUUGCCAGUAUGAAAAACAUAAAAAAUAAAGUGGUCAUCAAAGAAUUUCAUCAUCAUGGUGUAAGCUGGGAAGAUAUCGAACGAGAAGCUCAGAUAUUAUCAUACCUUAAAGGACAAGAUAUAACACCCAAUUUUCUUGGUGUUUUAACACCACGUAAAAAGUCUAGAAAUUACAGUCUAGUUCAAGAAUAUUACGGUCAUGGUAAUGUAGAAGAUAUUUAUCUGGAAUAUGAUUUGCCACCAGAUGCUUGGAUUAUUAUUUGUAAAAAUAUUUGUAAAAGUUUAUUCCAAAUUCAUUGUAAUCAUAUUCUGUUCAAUGAUUUAAAAUCAGACAAUAUUUUAGUUGACUUAAAUACUUUGGACAUUCGAUUUAUUGAUUUUGGUAUGGCAACAUUCAGGAAAGGUAUGCGAUUUGAAGGCUGUUCGGGAAGUCUAGGAGAGUAUCUAUUCUAUGCACCGGAAGUGAGAGAAGGAUGUUUCUCUACACCUCAAUCAGAUAUUUAUAGUCUUGGUUUUUUAUUUAAACAAAUCAUAAAACGUGCUAAUGUAUAUCAAUUAUUUCCAUUAUAUAAUUCUUGUACACAAAUUCAAGCGAUUUAUAGACCGACUCUACCAGAAAUAAUGGAAAUACUUGAUACAUUAUAG